UUGAAUGUACUUCCUGUGCACGAUAUCGAUGAUGGUACUCAUCAGUUUGGGAACAAAGUCGACAUAUUUCGUAGGCGAGUUGGAGGGCUUUUGUGUUCGAACUUCGAGUGGAGCUCUCCAGCGAACUAUUAAAAAAAUAAAAAAAUUAAUAAAAAAUUGCAGGAGUCACGUGACCGCGCGCAGUAGUUCCAAGAUGGAGACUGGAGUGCGCGGUGCUACUUUCGCUACUUAGCUACUAGCCUCAUCAUCACAAUUAUUAUCACACCAUGUGAGCAAGGACCUUUCAUUAAGUCCCAGUUCCUUCUUCGUUUGAGAUCUUUCCAACACCGACGAAGUAAACAGGAGUCGUCUUUGUCCCCCUAAAAAUAUAUAAUAUAUAUAUAUAUAUAUUGAAGACAAGUAGGCUAAGGAGAAGUGGGGAGAGAACCAAAAGUGCAAAUGAAGAGCAAGUCAAUGUAAAACAGGAAGCAGCUAUGGCGUUAAGAGAGUUAAAAGUCUGUCUUCUGGGGGAAACUGGUGUUGGCAAGUCAAGUAUCGUGUGGAGAUUUGUGGAGGACAGCUUUGACCCAAACAUCCUACCAACUAUUGGGGCAUCUUUUAUGACCAAGACAGUACAAUACCAAAACGAGCUGCACAAGUUCCUCAUUUGGGACACAGCAGGACAGGAGCGGUUUCGAGCUCUGGCACCAAUGUACUACAGAGGCUCUGCAGCGGCCAUCAUUGUUUAUGACAUCACAAAAGAGGAAUCCUUCCAAACGUUGAAGAACUGGGUGAAGGAGCUGCGUCAGCACGGCCCUCCCAAUAUCGUGGUGGCCAUCACUGGCAACAAAUGUGAUCUGUCGGACGCCAGGGAAGUCUUGGAGAAGGACGCCAAAGACUACGCCGACUCCAUCCAUGCCAUAUUUGUCGAGACCAGUGCCAAGAACGCCAUUAACAUCAACGAGGUGUUUAUAGAGAUAAGUAAGCGCAUCCCAGUCGCAGGCGCGGGAACGUCGGGAAAAGGUUUCAAACUGGGGCGACAAGAAUCAGAGUCUCGCAGGACGUGCUGCUGAUGACACCGGUGACUAUUUGUGACGUUUCCCUAACCUCAUCCUUCCAUUGUAUAGCUAUCAACACGAGCAUGAGGAGCGACAAAAACAAUGCACGAGAAAUGGGUUUUUGAAGUGACAGAAGAAAGUCUACAAAUAAUCUGGUUGGUGUCGCUGGUUUGUCAUCUCCCACCCAUAAGACAUACGAGAGUGAUUAUUUUUUAUAGUGCUUAAAUUAUUGUUUUUAAUAAUUAUUUCUCAACUUCAUAAUAUUGACUUUUCUCUGCAAUCUGUAAUUUUGUAUUAUUGAUUCCUCAUGUUGGAAAAAGCUCAUGUCAACUGCAAAUACAGAAAUUGAUUUACAAAUGUGA